AUGUUAAUGGAGAUGUUUAGCAGCCAUGAAGUUAGCCACACACACACAUAUAGAAUGACCCAUACAUGCAUACAUACACAAAGGCGCACACACACAUGUUCACACAGACUCAUACACACAUACAUGUACAUGCACACAGACUCAGAACUGGGCGAACUCUGUGGAGGGAGGCCUGCCAUGGGUAUUUCCGCCGAGAAUUGUCUGUGUACAACACUAGAUGGACCCGGCUGGCAGUACUGUUCACCUUUCUCCCCUGUGGCUGUCCCUGAUUCUGGAAUGAACCGUGUAUCCUGGAACCCCUUCCCAUCAAUGAAGGUGGGAAGACAUCAGAAGUAUACAGCUGGACUUGGCUUGUUGAAGAAAAUUGUUUUAAACUUUGGUUGUCUUCACUCAGUGUGA